AUGCCAGCUGCAAUCCGCAACUUGCGGAAUAACCCCAACCUCCUCUAUGUUCGCCUCCCGAAUCUCGUAUCCUUCAUCUGCAUAGUCGUCGGUGUCGUCUGGCUACUUCUCCUCCCUCUGAACGAGUACUCCCGACAAACCUACAUCUCCGAGAAUGCGCUCCUGCCGGGCCAAGUCCAUGCGUAUUUCACGGGAAGCGAGCAGAACAUCUUCCGAGGUUAUAAGAAAGAAUUGGAAGGAUUGUUGAAUGAUGGACAGGCGAGAGGCGGCCAAAAAGACGAGGCGGAAGUGACAGCGGCGCUCUCGGACAAGUUGCAGUCAAUCUUACAAGCGGCGGGCCUUAAAGUUGCCACGCAAAAAUACGAAUACACCUCCGCUGGGAUUACGCACCAGGGAGAGAAUACUUAUGCCAUUAUCCAUGCGCCGCGCGGUGAUGCCACGGAGGCGAUUGUGCUGGUUGCGCCGUGGAAGACGGCUGAUGAUGAGCUGAACCUGAAUGGUGUCACUCUUGCCUUGACAUUGGCAAGAUACUUCAAGAGAUGGUCGUUAUGGUCCAAGGAUAUCAUCUUCUUAAUUCCUCCGGACAGUAAGACUGGCACUCAGGCUUGGAUCGAUGCCUACCACGAUAUGCACCCGGCUUCGGUGCAGCCACUUCCUUUGAAGAGUGGAGCAUUGCAAGGUGCACUAGUUAUCGAAUACCCAUUCGAGCACCGGUUCCAGACGCUCCAUAUUGUAUAUGACGGAGUCAAUGGCCAACUCCCCAACCUCGACCUGUUCAACACGGCUGUGGCCAUUGCAGGUGGUCAAAUGGGCAUCGGGGCCAAUCUACAGGAAAUGUGGGGUCACGACGACAGCUACGAGCAUCGUCUACAGACCAUGUUCCGCGGUAUGACCAAGCAGGGUCUCGGGUAUGCCACCGGCGCACACAGCAGCUUCAUGCCGUACCAUAUCGACGCUAUCACACUGCAGACCAAGGGCGAGGGAUGGGAGGAUGAGAUGGCCCUGGGCCGGACGAUUGAGUCUCUUUGUCGCAGCUUGAACAACUUGCUAGAGCACCUGCACCAGAGCUUUUUCUUCUACCUGCUCAUGCAGUCCAACCGUUUUGUCAGCAUUGGAACCUACUUGCCCAGCGCGAUGCUGAUCGCUGGAAACUUCACCAUCAUGGCAAUUGCUCUCUGGAUACGUACUGGGUACUACCCGGAAAGCAAGCCAAGUGCUAAACCAAAGAAAGAGAAGGCACCCACCGAAGAGAAGGAGACGGAUACUAUUGUCGAAAGGAAUACUAUCGCAGAACGAUACCUUGCUUUACCACUCUCGCUUGUUGUCGGACUCCAUCUACUCGGCCUUGUCCCGCUCUGGGUCUUUAAUAAUGUCUUCCACCAGUACUUCACAACUACCACCUACAUAUUUGUGGUCGUGGACAUCAUCCUCCCCCUUCUCCUCGCCGCAAUUCUCUCCAACGGCCUCGGUGUAUCAAAACCAAUCAUCCCGCAACAGUACCACCUUAUAAAAUCCUUCUCCCUCCUCCUACUGGGUCUCUCCCUCUCAACCCUCGCCACCCUCAACUUCUCCCUUUCAUUCAUGAUCGGUCUUCUCUGCGCGCCACUUAGCUUCAUCCCUCGCCUGCGAGGCUCCGUGCCAUUCCGCUUGGCAACCUCCAGUCUGGGUCUGGUGCUUCUCAACCUCGUCUCCCCGCCAGCUGUUCUCCUUGGCGUCUGCUGGUAUAUGGGGGUCUCAGUUGAGACUGUUCUCACCCAGGCGGCUUUCGGUUGGGAUGUUUGGGGUAUGUGGACCCAGGUCGUUGUUUGGUGUGUGUGGUGGCCGGCUUGGUUGAUUGGCUGCGUGUUGCUGGGGUCGUCGAUUUUCUGA